CCCGGAGAGUCAACCUUCCGCCCCAGAUUCAUCUAUCCCUGCUCUACCCAUCAAAAGAAAGAAAAAAAUCUAUCCCUGUUCUGUUGUGUACUGCACGGGCGUAUCGUAUCCCCAGCAUCUUCGAUUCGAUUCAGGCUCUGCCCAGCGCUGCAGAUUCAGGCAGGGAGCCAUGGAUUCGUGCCGCGCAGUUCAAUAUAUUACAUGCAGAUUUGAUGAAAUUUAACAAGUUCAGCAGUUCCUGCACUAGCAUAUGGGAAAGACCUGUAAUUUAAUCAUAUUAUUAGCUGUGAUCGUAUUUAACCUGGCUCUCAAUUUUUAUCCUGGAAGCUGGACACAUCCACUUUGAUCCUGCUGAACAGAUGCUCCCAAUUUUUAUCCCAACUCUGGAGGAGCAGAGAGGGCCAUCAUCUCAGCUGUUUGCAAGACUGGCUCACAUAAGAGGGGGGUGAUAUCUUUAUAGGAGUAAGAAAAAUGGGCAUCGAAACCAGUAAACACGCCAAUGCUUUCCUGCCAAACACUAUGGAUUUCGGUGAACUGGAGAACAUGCUGCAAGCGCCAAGUGUCACACCAAUUUGCCUGCCGGUAGAGUUUCUGAAAGGCAUCACACGCGAUUUUUCUGUCGACCAAGAACUGGGAAGAGGUGGGUUUGGUGUGGUUUACAAGGGAAUACUUCAAAAUGGGAAAAUGAUUGCUGUGAAGAAGCUUUUUGAAAUUCGAGUAGAAGAUGAUCAAUUCCAGAAUGAGGUCACCUAUCUUAUUGGGGUUAAGCACCAAAACGUGGUACAGCUUGUAGGCUACUGCGCUGAAUCACGGUGGGAAGCGACAAAAGUAGGUGGGAGAUAUGUCAUGGCUGAGAUACGGAAGAGAUUGCUCUGCUUUGAGUAUCUAAAAAACAACAGCCUUGAUAAGCAUCUUUCUGCUGAAUCUUGUGGACUUGAGUGGCACAUAAGAUAUGAUAUAAUUAAGGGGGUUUGCAGCGGCUUGCAUUACCUUCACACGGAAUGCCGGAUUGUUCAUUUGGACCUUAAACCCCAAAAUAUAUUGCUGGAUGAUAAUAUGGUCCCCAAGCUUGCAGAUUUUGGCAUGUCUAGGCUCUUUGGCCAACAAGAGUCUCGAGUUAUCACUGAAAGUCGUGGGGGUACACUUGGAUACAUGGCACCAGAGUACAUAACAAAUGGAGUAAUCUCAACCAAGUCGGAUAUAUACAGUUUGGGCAUUAUAAUCGUUGAGCUAAUGACGGGAAGCAGGGAAUAUCCCCAUAGUAGUGAAGCACCGUUUGAGCACUUCAUUGAGAAUAUGGUUGGAAAUUGGAGGCACAUAUUGGAAAAAACAAUGGGGCAUAAAACGCAGGAAAUAUGUUCCCAACAAGUAAACAGAUGCAUUGCAUUGGGACUUAAGUGUCUUAAUCCAGAUCCCAAUGAAAGGCCCUCUGCAUGGGAUAUGUUGCAAACUCUGAAUGAAUUGGAAAGCACGAAUGGUUGUUUUGACAAGAAUGAUGGACCAGCAGUAGUAACUUACGAAUCAGAAGUAGACACAAUUUUAGGGCGGGGCGAUGUAGAUUCCAGCAAUUUAGCCGCAAAAUUCGACAGAAUAUUGAGUAGAGCAUUCGCCCCAGGUUCUGGAAACAUGAGCACUGUUUUCCGCUCUGCUCCCAAAGGAAGAAGGAUAUUGAUCCAAGCUUUUGAGGUUGCCAACACAAUUGUCAUGGCCUCUAAUCUGAUAAAAUCCCUCUCUAAACAAAGAAUAAGGCACCUGAAAGAGGGUGUGCUUAGGUCGGAAGGUGUUCGCUGUCUUAUUUCGGAAGAUUACAGUCAGCUGUCCAUUCUCAUUGAAGAUGAAAUACGGUUGCCCGGUUUGGAGAUCUGUGUGAAGAUCCUCAAUGGCACAAUCUCGAUAGGUAUUUCCGCAGAUGGUUCUGCACUGACAGUGACAUCUAAGAACAACUCCAGUGAAGAAGCACCUCCCAGUUUGCAGUAUCUGAUAAAAUUGGCACAAAAUACAUGGGUUCUGCGCCAAGAAAUGCUAGCACUGGACAGACUUGAGCACGCUCAUUAUGUAGCAGCUAGUCCUGUUAAGAAACAAAUUGAUGCUGUCAAGAGCCAAAGGGGUGCGGUGAAGGUCUUAAAAAGGAAAUCACUCUGGUCGAAGAGUAUGGAAGAUAUUGUAGAGAGACUUGUAGAGAUCGUGAGCUUCAUCCAUCUUGAGAUCAACAGAGCUUUCUUGGAGAACCAUGCCGAGCAAUCAUCUGGAGAACUUCGUGUGGCUAAAAACCUCGCGAAAACGUUAGGGCCUGCUGGACUCGCGUUGCAUUACGCCAAUGUCAUUUUGCAGCUAGAAACUUUGGCAUUGGCAUCACCAGCGGUUCCUCAGAAUGCUCGGAAGGCGUUAUACCAAGCACUGCCUCCUCGGAUCAAACCAAUCCUGCAUACCCAACUGCGGCGGGGUUUUCCCCUCGGAGAAAAACAGACCAUGACGGUAGCAGAGGUGAGAGCUGAAAUGGACAGGGUAUUGCGAUGGCUUGUGCCAGCUGCGGAAUCCACGAGGUUUUACCUUGCGGAAUGGGCGAUGAAAGGGACGGAGUGUGUUGAUAUCGACGAAGCGAACUGGUUCGAACGAGACAGUCGUAUCAGCGUCGGUUCCAUGCUCGCUCAUGCAGACGCCAAAGUGAGCAAGGUAGAGACGCUGUACUACGCAAACAAGGAGACGACCGAAGAUGCGUCAAACAGUUGUAACGCCGAGGGAAAUGAGACGAUUCUUGUGAAGUUUCAGUUUUUAAGCAGGCUCUCGGUUGUCUCUGAGACUUACCCAAGAACUCUGUUCGCUCGGUCUUGUAUAUGUCGGCAACUAAAUGGUAACCUCACAUUUGUGCAGUUUGGUUCUCUGCAUCUGCCUACAUAUUUUGUUUUAGAUUUUUAGCACUCUUCUAUACACAAACUUUAUCUGUUACUCCCUCCGCCAUAAUAUAAGAAUGGGACGGAGGGAGUAUUUGUGAUCUGUUGUAUAAAAAAAAUACUAUGACAAGUAACCUUGGCGAGUAAACGUUGUCGUUUUUGCUCGGCCUGUUGAAAUUUAAUCUUUUAUGUGUUGGAAUUA